CUGAUGUUGAAGUGGGUGUGAAGUGCCUGUCAAUAAAUAGGAACAGUCCCGCGCGUUGUGCCUAACUUGAAGUUUCUUUCUUCAUGUUAAGGUUUGACGCAGCGCCGGAGGGUCGUGAAUGUAAUCUGGUCCACCCGUUUGCGAAGAGAGAGCUCUCAUCACUACUUUACCACAUCAAGCAUAAAAAUCAAAUAUGCUCAUAAUUCUGCGCGGGUGCCCCAAAAUUCAUUUCAACAUGCGGCUUUCUGCAGUGGCCGUCGUUACUACCAUCCUUCUAUUCCCCUUUUAUGAAGUUGUUGCUGAUUGUGGAAGCACCGCAGCUGAUAUAGUUUUCAUUCUGGACUCCAGCGGAAGUGUAGGGGCAGGCAAUUUCCAAACAAUGAAGAAAUUUUUCAAUGGAAUGGUGGAUGGAUUUCAGAUUGGUAGAAACAGAGUCAGAAUCGGAUCAGUCCCGUACAGUAGUUCGGUACACAACACAUUUCAGCUGAACUCUUAUAUGUCAAAAUCUGAAUUGAAAAAGAAAAUUUCAGAAAUUCCGUAUGAUUCUGGGGGUACAAACACGGCAGAUGCUAUUAAAUAUGUUCGAAUCAUCAGCUUUUCGAGGUCUUACAGUAGAUCUAGUGUUGCCAAAAUUGCCGUGAUUAUAACUGACGGAAGGUCAAACGACAAAUCUAAGACCUUAUCGGAAGCCCGAGCCUUACGAAACAGUGGGGUCACCAUAAUCUCUGUUGGUGUGGGUGAUGGAGUGGAUGCCUCUGAACUUCGAGGAAUGGCAUCGAAAGAAAGUUACGUGUUUGAUGUCUCCACUUUCAGAGCCCUGGAUAGUAUUCGAAAAAAACUGACUGAGACAACAUGUGAAGUUAUGGCUUGUGGCAACCCUGGAUCCCCAGUUCAUGGAUAUUUACAUGGGAGAGAUUUUUCGCAUGGGACUUCCGUGACUUAUAGUUGUAUUAAAGACUACAAACUCUUCGGCGAUGGAAAGAGGACUUGUAAAAAAAAUGGAGUAUGGACUGGAAGUCUUCCCAAAUGCAUAUUAGCGAACGCAUGUAGAAGUAACCCAUGUCAAAAUAAUGCCACUUGUGGAAACGUAGGAAGCGGUUUCAACUGUAACUGUGUCAAUGGCUUCACAGGUGCUCACUGCGAAAACGAUAUUCAACCACCAGUUGUCAAAAACUGCCCUUCAGAUAUACGAAUGGCGUCAUCAUCACGGUUUGUCAGCGUCACGUGGCAAAAACCUGAAUUCUACGAUCCAUUCAACCAUGAAGUACAAGUUACCUCUAACUAUCCGAAUAAUGGAUCUUCCUUUCUUUGGGGAAACUACAUUGCUAAAUACAACGCUCUGAAAUCUUUUAAUGGUCUCAAAUCCAACUGUACUUUCACGAUAAUAGUACGACCCAAACCUUGCAAAAAUCUUACUGCUCCCAAGAAUGGUUAUCUAGCGUGUAAUGGGUGGGAUACAGAAUUCACUCGUGUAUGUAUAGCUUUCUGUAAUGGGAGAACCAUCAUGGAUUCCAGUCAUGACAUCCGGACAAAAUACGUUUGUGGUGGAAGUGGGAAAUGGCUUCCUGCGUAUACAGAAAACCCACCCUCUUGUGAAUUUAGUCGGGCUUGGCCACGGAAGGACACUCGCUUCUAUUAUCUGCACAGGAAAUCCCCUAAAGACGAUUUGAAUCAAAUUAAGAAGAAAUACAUCAACAUUCUCAAAAAAUCCGCCUUUAAAUCUCUUUGUGGAGGAAUGUGCAAGAAAGAAAAUGUCGAUGUUCUGCGUUGAGGAGUGCUAAACAGUUUUCUCUGUAAAAUAACUAGCAAUUUCUAUCCACGUGGAUAACAGUUAAUACAUGUGUGUUUAUAGUAAAACCUUAUUUAAUAUAAUAUUUACAUACACCACUUUUAUGAGGUAAACAUGUAUGUAUUGAGUCCCUUCUGUUCGAUUUAUUUUGUUUAUUUAGAUAUCAAAUUGUCUAAUAUGUUGGCACUGCUACCGUAAGGGAGGGAGAGUUGCAAGUACGUACAUGUAUAUACAAGAGAAUCCAAAAUACAAAAUCUUUUCCUGGGAGGGGGUUACAGCGUACAUUUUCCCUAAUCUAUUCUUGGGAGUAAUACGUAGUAUUUUACAUAUUUAAGUGCAUACAAAUAUAUUUAUGUUCUACCAUUUUGUGGGUGGGAGUGGGGUUGGACACUCCUGUAUAUGCACGCCUAACAUAGUCUCUACCAAUGAAAUAAAAUGUUUAAUUAGGGAAAAAUAAUGAUAAAAUUCACAGUCAUAAUAAUCGCACAAUAGAAUAAAAUUAUGUUUAUAAAUCUAUCAUAACGAAAAUUGCUAUGUAUCAAACAGAUAAUAGUAUUCUGAUAUAUGGGGAAGGAUAAUGAAUGAAUGGACAUUGGCAAAAUAAUGGGAAACAAAAAUCACAGUACGAUGCUGAACAAGAGUGUAUGAACUUUUCACCGUGAGUUUGUUUAUAACUUGUUUACAGGAUCAUGAGGAUGAAUGCGAUUUCAGAGGAUAUGUGUAACCAAUCGGAGUGUAAGAAAUCAGUGACCAGAGGUCAAGGAAUUGUCUAUAUUAUUUACAAGAAACAAGAAAUUAUCCAAAAAUUAGAAGUGAAGUUGAGUGUGCAAUGCUAAAUUACAGAAUUUUCAAGAAAAGAAUUGUGUUGGCUUUGAGUCUGAAUUAAAAGCCAAUGUUAGUAAUGUUGACUUUUAAGACGUAACAAAUAUAGUAUGGAAUGUUGGAGGAUGUACGGGGGUAUAGAUGCGAGGAACAGAGACAAAGUUCUUCAGUAGCCGAUACAGAACUUUGUCUCUGCCCUUUCAUUUGUACAGGUAAGAUAUUGAGUAUACUUGAGCAUUUCUAAAAUUCAAUUUUUCAGAUGGCUAAGUUAAUUUUUGUGUGAACUUUUAUAAUAGUGUUUGUAAAUAUUAUUGUAUAAUGUGUAAUAUGCAUUGUAAUCAAUAAUUAAAAUGAUGAAAUGUUUUUUUUAAUAAAAGAGUAGCCGAUACAGAA